UCGCCGCCGCCGCUGCCGCCGCCGCCCGAGACUCGCGCAGAGCAGUUAUGGCGGAUCCCGCAGCCCCCGCGCCUGUAGCUCCAGCUGCCGCCCAGGCCCCGGCCCCGGCCCCGGAGGCGGCCCCAGCCGCGGACGCUGCCCCCGCCCCGGAUUCGGCCUCCGGGCGGUCCUCGGACUCCGGCCCCGAAGCCGGCUCGCAGCGCCUGCUGUUCUCUCACGACCUGGUGUCGGGCCGUUACCGCGGCUCGGUGCACUUCGGGCUGGUGCGCCUCAUCCAUGGCGAGGACUCGGACUCGGAGGGCGAGGAGGAGGGCCGCGGGAGCUCGGGGUGCUCGGAGGCCGGCGGCGCCGGCCACGAGGAGGGCCGGGCCAGCCCGCUGCGCCGCGGCUACGUGCGCGUCCAGUGGUACCCGGAGGGCGUCAAGCAGCAUGUGAAGGAGACCAAGCUGAAGCUGGAGGACCGCUCGGUGGUGCCCCGGGACGUGGUCCGACACAUGCGCUCCACCGACAGUCAGUGUGGGACCGUGAUAGACGUCAACAUCGACUGUGCCGUCAAGCUCAUCGGCACCAACUGCAUCAUCUACCCUGUCAACAGCAAGGACCUCCAGCACAUCUGGCCCUUCAUGUACGGGGACUACAUUGCCUACGACUGCUGGCUCGGGAAGGUCUACGACCUGAAGAACCAGAUCGUCCUGAAGCUGUCCAACGGUGCCAGGUGCUCCAUGAACACGGAAGACGGCGCCAAGCUCUACGAUGUCUGCCCCCAUGUCAGUGACUCGGGCCUCUUCUUCGAUGAUUCCUACGGCUUCUACCCAGGCCAGGUGCUCAUCGGCCCCGCCAAGAUCUUCUCCAGCGUGCAGUGGCUGUCGGGGGUCAAGCCCGUGCUCAGCACCAAGAGCAAGUUCCGCGUGGUGGUGGAAGAGGUGCAGGUUGUGGAGCUGAAAGUCACGUGGAUAACCAAGAGUUUCUGUCCAGGGGGCACGGACAGCGUCAGCCCCCCGCCUUCUGUCAUCACCCAGGAAAAUCUAGGCAGGGUGAAGCGUCUCGGAUGCUUUGACCAUGCUCAGCGGCAGCUCGGGGAGCGCUGUCUGUAUGUCUUCCCAGCCAAGGUAGAGCCGGCCAAGAUUGCCUGUGAAUGUCCAGAAAAAAACUGCGCCCAGGGGGAGGGCUCUAUGGCCAAGAAGGUGAAGCGCCUCCUGAAGAAGCAGGUUGUGAGGAUCAUGUCUUGCUCCCCGGACACCCAGUGCUCCAGGGACCAUUCCAUGGAGGAUCCAGACAAGAAAGGGGAAGCCAAAGCCAAGAGCGAGCCGGGGUCGGCCAGUCCCGGGGAGACACCCGGAGGCUCUGCCAGCCCCAUGGAGCUGCAGGACGAGGGCCCAGAGGAGCCCCGCGAGGCCAGCGAGCAGCUGCCCCCCUUCCUGCUGAAGGAAGGCGCGGAUGACAGGCUGCACUCCGCAGAGCAGGAUGCGGACGACGAGGCUGCCGAUGACACGGACGACUCCAGCUCGGUGACUUCCUCCGCCAGCUCCACCACCUCCUCGCAGAGCGGCAGCGGCGCCGGCCGCAAGAAGAGCAUCCCCUUGUCCAUCAGGAACUUGAAGCGGAAGCACAAACGGAAGAAGAGCAAGGUCACGCGUGACCUGAAGCCUGGCGACAGGGUGGCCGUGGAGGUGGUGACCACGAUGACCUCAGCGGAUGUGGCGUGGCAGGACGGCUCUGUGGAGCGCAAUAUCCGCUCCAAUGACCUCUUCCCCGUGCACCACCUGGACAACAAUGAGUUCUGCCCUGGAGACUUCGUGGUCGACAAGCGAGUCCACGGCUGUGCAGACCCUGCCGUCUACGGCGUGGUGCAGUCUGGGGACCACACCGGCCGCACCUGCAUGGUGAAGUGGUUCAAGCUGCGGCCCAGUGGGGAUGACGUGGAGCUGAUUGGAGAGGAGGAAGACGUGAGCGUCUAUGACAUUGCUGACCACCCCGACUUCCGGUUCCGCACGACUGACAUCGUCAUCCGCAUCGGCAACACUGAGGACGGGGCGCCGCCCCGGGAGGACGAGCCGUCGGUGGGCCAGGUGGCCCGUGUGGACGUCAGCAGCAAGGUGGAAGUGGUUUGGGCAGACAAUUCCAAGACCAUCAUCCUGCCCCAGCACUUGUAUAACAUCGAGUCCGAGAUCGAGGAGUCGGACUAUGACUCGGUGGAAGGCAGCACCAGUGGGGCCUCCUCAGAUGAGUGGGAGGAUGAUAGUGACAGCUGGGAGACGGACAAUGGGCUGGUGGAGGACGAACACCCCAAGAUAGAGGAACCCCCAGUCCCACCCACUGAACAGCCAGCCGCCCCCGAGGAGGACAAGGGGGUGGUGAUCAGUGAAGAGGCGGCUACGGCGGCCAUCCAGGGAGCGGUGGCCAUGGCUGCCCCCGUGGCUGGGCUGAUGGAGAAGGCUGGCAAGGAUGGGCCCCCGAAGAGCUUCCGGGAGUUGAAGGAGGCCAUCAAGAUCCUGGAGAGCCUGAAGAACAUGACAGUGGAGCAGCUUCUGACAGGCUCGCCCACCUCCCCCACAGCAGAGCCCGAGAAGCCAACACGGGAGAAGAAAUUUCUGGAUGACAUCAAGAAGCUGCAGGAAAACCUCAAGAAGACCCUGGACAACGUGGCCAUUGCAGAGGAGGAGAAGAUGGAGGCGAUGCCUGACGCGGAGCGCAAGGAGGACAAGCCCGAGGGGCCGCCGCCUGCGAAGGCCGAGUGGCCCAGCGAGACCCCGGUGCUCUGCCAGCAGUGUGGCGGCAAGCCCGGUGUCACCUUCACCAGCGCCAAGGGCGAGGUCUUCUCGGUGCUCGAGUCCGCGCCCUCAAACCACUCUUUUAAGAAAAUUGAGUUCCAGCCUCCAGAAGCCAAGAAGUUCUUCAGCACUGUGCGGAAGGAAAUGGCACUGCUGGCUACCUCACUGCCCGACGGCAUAAUGGUCAAGACUUUCGAGGACCGAAUGGACCUCUUCUCUGCCCUAAUCAAGGGCCCCACUCGGACCCCCUAUGAGGACGGCCUCUACCUGUUUGACAUCCAGCUCCCCAACAUCUACCCAGCUGUGCCCCCCCACUUUUGCUACCUCUCCCAGUGCAGUGGCCGUCUGAACCCCAAUCUGUAUGACAAUGGGAAAGUGUGUGUCAGCCUUCUGGGCACCUGGAUUGGAAAGGGAACAGAGAGGUGGACGAGCAAAUCCAGCCUUCUCCAGGUGCUCAUCUCCAUCCAAGGUCUCAUCCUGGUGAACGAGCCAUACUACAACGAAGCCGGCUUCGACAGCGACCGGGGUCUGCAGGAGGGCUACGAGAACAGCCGCUGCUACAACGAGAUGGCGCUGAUCCGCGUGGUACAGUCCAUGACCCAGCUGGUGCGGCGGCCCCCCGAGGUCUUCGAGCAGGAGAUCCGGCAGCACUUCAGCGCUGGCGGCUGGCGGCUGGUGAGCCGCAUCGAGUCCUGGCUGGAAACCCACGCCCUGCUGGAGAAGGCCCAGGCGCUGCCCAACGGGGUCCCCAAGGACGGCAGCUCACCGGAACCACCGGCGGGGGCCGAGCUCUCAGACUCCAGCCGAGAAGAGCCCGAGGACGGAGGGCUGGCCCCCGGCGAGGCCUCUCAGGGCUCAGACUCGGAAGGCGGCGCCCAGGGCCCAGCCUCAGCCGUCAGGGACCGCAUGGACCAGGCCUCAGAGGCAGCACCGGACACAUCGGUGCCACCCAGCGUCAAACCAAAGAAGCGGCGGAAGAGCUACCGGAGCUUCUUGCCUGAGAAGAGCGGCUACCCUGACAUCGGCUUCCCCCUCUUCCCGCUUUCUAAGGGUUUCAUCAAGAGCAUCCAGGGUGUCCUGACGCAAUUCCGGGCAGCUCUGGUAGAGGCAGGCAUGCCAGAGAGCGCAGAGGACAAGUAGCCGCCGGCCCUGAAGAAAGAGUGACACAGCGGGAGAGGCCAGCGCAGCUGCUGCCUGCUCUCCCCUCCCCUGGAGUCUCCCUUCCCCACUCCCCCACUCCCCCACCCACCCCCAGCCCGAAGCAAGCCCCACUGUCCCCGUAGCCCCCAAGGUGAGUUUGAUGCUGAAGUGCAGGAAGUUUCUUGAGAUGCUGCCAUUUCUAUCUGAAGCAAUCUUGACAGUCAGGUCCCCAUGGCAAAGAAAAUCUGAACGGUGUUGCUGAAUUUCCACUUGCCACCCCAGGCAGGAUGUCCCGGCACAUCCUCCUUUGCCGUCUCCAUCUCAGCUCAGACAGAGCCUUCUUCCGCCGGGCACUGGGCUUUGUUUGGGCCCAAGUGCUCUGCAGACAGCAGCAGCAGGGGGCCGUGCCUUGCAUGAAGUGUGGGAAGCUCCGGCUCUGGUCCCUUUCAACCUCUUCGGCUCAACUCUGCUUCCCUGGAUCCCUAGCCCGCCCGCUGCCACCACCAGACUCCCUGAGUCCCUGGCAUCGGCAUGGUCCCUCAGGAGGUGGAGCUGCUCUCCCUGAGUCCUGGUUCCAUGCUGGCCCUGGGGCCCGUUGACCUUGUUCUCGGAGAAGGCCGGGACCACCUCAGCCCUCACACACUGACGUGGAGAUGAGGGCCAGGGAGCUGCUGGGAAAGAAACAGCUGCAGGUGCCUUGCUCUUCCUGGCCUGGGUUGGUGGGAGUCAUGGCUCUGGCUUUAGGGCCUCACCUGCUUGGAGGGAAGCGGAUGGCUGCUUCCUGCCCAGCCUCAUCUCAGGGCCCAGGAGGUGGGGAUGGCAGCACCAGGGCCAGUGCCAGGCCCCUCCCGGUAGACCAGCCCCUCCGCUAUCAAGUGAUAACCCUGGGGGGUGGCCCCUGCCUUGGCAGCCAGCCCCUUCUAAGGUGAGAACAAAGCGUUCUGUCAGCCCUUCGCUUACAAACUCUGCAGGCUCAGUUGGGGAGAGCAGGGCGGCCGGCGGGGCCUGUCCUCCCUCCAGAAGAGGUUUACAAGUUUUCUAAGCUUUUGAUAAUGUGAAGCUCCAGGUGAAGAGGUUGCUGUUGAGCACAUCACAGCUAUGUAACUUUUGGUGUAUGUAUGUAAUAUUUAAGGUUGAAAACAACAAAAUCUCAAAAGCAAAAAUCUUAACACAAGAAAAAAAAGACAAAAAAAAAAAGCCAAAGCAUGAUGCGUCUUGUUAGCCUUAAGCUGGCUCCUCACCUGCGCAGUGCCACCCCGCCUGGCUGGCGGCAGUGUGGAAGGACAACAGGCCGGGCCAUGCACAGACCACACGGCCCUGGAGCCCAGAUCGGGAUCUUGUCAGAGAAAUCCAGAGAAAUCCCCCGAGUGACGGGCUGUGCUGCCAAGUGCGAUGUUCAUGUGGAGAUGUGAAAGCCUAUCGCUUAACAAUAUCUGUAUAAAGUGCUGUGAUUAAACUUUUUUUUACUUGCAUUUUUUUGGGGGGUCUGGCUCAUUACAAUGUACAAAAAAGACAAGGUGACACCAUUAAACCUGCCUCUGCCAUCA